UUAAUUAUACUAUGUAACAUUUUUAAAUAUCCGAAACUGCGAAGUUGAUUGUAUCAAUUUGAAGAUUAGGGGGUGCAGAGGAGAGAAAGAGUUUGGAAAAAUGGGAGAUUUGGGGUUUUUGAUAGCAAUGGCGAUUAUAUUUAGUGCAUUCAUGAAUUCAAAUGUGAUUGAAGGAAGAAGCAUGAUGAAGAGCAUGCAUUUGAGCUGGGGCACUCAGCGUUCUGGCUUUCUGCAGCCCUCCGGUGGCGAUGAUGUUACUCUCCUCCUCGACCCUGUCUCAGGUUCCGGAAUUCAAUCCAAGGAUCAAUUUUUGUUUGGAACGUUUGAAAUGCAAAUUAAGCUUGUUCCUGGUGACUCUGCUGGCACUGUAACUUCUUUUUAUUUGUCUUCUCUAGGGGCGAAGCACAACGAAAUUGACUUUGAGUUUCUAGGAAAUGUAACAGGGCAACCCUACAUUAUACAUACCAACAUUUACACACAAGGAGCUGCUGGAAGAGAAGUGCAGUUUUACCCGUGGUUCGACCCCACCAAAGACUACCACAACUACACCAUCCGUUGGACUCCCUCGCAUGUCGUGUGGUUCGUGGAUAAUAUCCCGAUUAGAGUAUAUAGAAAUUAUCUAGAUGAUGGAGUCGCUUACCCGGACCUAGAUAAGCCGAUGAGGGCGUACUCGAGUAUUUGGAACGCGGAUAGUUGGGCCACGAGAGGGGGGCUGGACAGGAUCAAUUGGAGCAAAUCACCCUUCAUCGCCAAGCUGCGUAAAUUUAGGGCGCGUGCGUGCAAAUUCCAAGGAAGUACGAGCGUCGCUAAUUGUACGGCUGUUGCUGCGGCAUGUACAACCUCCGAACUCGGGCUUGAUGAUCAGAACCAAAUGGAGUUGAUUAGAAAUAAAUCUUUGGUGUAUGAUUACUGCCAAGAUUAUGAAAAAUACAAGGGAUUAUUACCCGGUGAAUGUUUCCAACGACAAUAUUAAUUACACGUGAUGCAUGUAAACUACAUAUUCAAAUCUCCUGUAUUUCUCUUUUAUUUAAUUUAUUUUUUUUAGAAAAUAAUAUCGGAUUGUUUCUUUGUGA